GUCGAUUCAACUUGCAUGUGACGUCAGUUGGGGAGAAGAAUGUGUCUCUAGCAUGGACAGGGUUUGCACCUCCAGGUUAUUUGUAUGAGUAUGUACUUCUAACACGUGAGAGAACCUACCACUCAGACAUACAACACUGGAAAAUCAAAGAGAUUGGUAACCAACCAGCCUACACUCUACGAAGACUAAAUCCAGCUACAGUCUACUUUCUAAAAGUGGCCGUGUGGGAGGACGCACAUUCCCAGAUCCUAGGAAACAUCUCAGAAACUGUUUUAAUUAAAACUCAAGCUGUCCAGUUUUGUGACCACCGUGAGCAAACCUUUCUGGUGGGUGAGCAGUUUGUCCAUGAUUGCGAAGAUAACUGCACGUGUCUACCAACUGGACAGUUUAAUUGUACGCCCCUGUGUCCAGAAGAUGGAGUGCCAGAGGUAGAGGAAGGGUGUCACGUUGCUUCAGGAGACGCGUGCUGCGAAUAUAGGAUAGUGUGUCCAGUAGGCGGAGAACCGUGCGAUUUUGACGGCGUCAUUUAUUCUCACGGCGAGCAGUUUGAGGUAGGGUGUCGUUACUGCACAUGCAACCAGGGUCAAGUUGAAUGUACUUACCCUGAAGAGUGCCACGCAUUGGAACCAACAGAAGCAUGUCCUUUCCCGGCAAGAAGAGAUGUUGAGGGUCAGUGCUGCCCUGAGUGGUACUGCGGUAAGUCUAAUACUUGCCACUAUGAUAACCGCACCUUGGACCAUCUGGAAUACUUCACGAGUGAAAAUUGCAGUCUGUGCCAGUGCGAUACUGCAGACGACAUCCACUGUGCUUCUGAUCAAUGUCCGCCCGUAGAGAUGGUCCUGCCUGACGCUGCUUGCCCGGAUCCACAUAUACGUCAAGAUGGUUGUUGUGACACCCUGCACUGCCACGAUCUAAGUUUAGACACGGCAGAAUUUAUGCGGCGCAUGUUUGCAAUAUCCUACAGCCCGGCAUCUUUAACCCUGAGUUUUGAAGUGGAUCCCCUGUCAGAAAUCAAUGGCAUUCCUCUUUACUGUCAGUAUGAAAUUCAGUAUGCCAACACUUCAGAUCCAUUUGUGACGUGGCAUCGCCGCCUUGUUCAGCCUAUAGACGUCCGCCUCAACAAUGACCAGCCAGACCAGUUGGCCCCCACAGAAGCUCUCACCCGGGACAAUGCCAUAGUAGUUGGUGACAGAGCCUAUGUGACCCUAUCAGGAAUGCACCCUAACACAACAUACUACGUUAAGAUCAUCCCUCUAGAUGUCACAUGGGAUGACUUGGCUGUACCUUCAUCUGGCAAGUCUAUCUAUAACGAAAGUCGAGUUUCGGCCAUGGUUGUA